GCUCACAUCCUCCUCCUCCUCCUGUUUUUCUCCCAGCAGCUGCUUACGACUGAUUGAUCCCUCCACACUGUCGCGAUCUGCGCGAGCCGCAUCCCGUCUUCCUGCCUUCAGCACUGCGCUGCUUUUAUUUCUGCACAGCGCCAUGAACAUUUCCGCCGCGUCUGCAGAAGCCACACCCCAUUUUCACAGCCCUGAGUCUAGCUGAAAGAAAGGCCACGCCCCCCACCUGGACUCACCUGACCGAUCAGGGAACUGGCAGCUCCGCCCACACCGCCCUCUCAAUGAGGGACAAAGCCACCCAGACCCCCAGGGCCUGGGUAGACGAGCGCAGGAGGGGCUCCCACAAGCGCUCGGCGUCCUGCGGCAGCACCGACCAGCUGAAGGAGAUUGCAAAAUUGCGGCAGCAGCUGCAGCGCAGCAAACGCAGCAGUCGCCAUCGACGCGAUAAGGAGCGCAAAUCGCCCUUCAACGGCAACCAUGCUAUUAUCCAAUCACAGUCUCAGAUGCCUAAAACCAUUCUGAUCCCCAUCCCCAUCUCCAAGUCCACUCCUCCUCGCUUCCGCAACAGCAUCGAGGGCCUCAACCAGGAGAUCGAACGCAUCAUCAUACGAGACACGCCAGAGCGCGAUGAGGUCAUCAUUCCACAGGAUGUUCCUGAUGGACACCGCGCGCCCCCGCCCCUCCCCCAGCGCAGCAGCAGCACACGCAGCAUCGACACACAGACACCCUCAGGAAGAAGCCUGGGUGGUAACCGUAGCAACAACAGCAGCCGGGCGGACUCGGUGUCCCCGUCGUACCUCAGCAUCCUGAAUGAUGCGAUGGGAAACAGUCCCCUAACCAACGACGACACACUCAAUGAGAGCAGGGAAAGAGAUCUGGGGCCGUACUCACCCCUGCCCAAGUACGCGUCCUCUCCCAAACCCAACAACAGCUACAUGUUCAAGCGGGAGCCUCCUGAGGGCUGUGAAAGAGUCAAGGUCUUCGAGGAGAACCAGCCCAGGCCUCUGCAGGAGAUCCCUCCGUACCUGUGUCCAGACAGGAACAAGGUGAACUUCAUUCCCAAGAGCGGCUCGGCGUUUUGCCUCGUCAGCAUCCUGAAGCCGCUGCUGCCCACACAGGAGCUGAGCUUCCGCGGCGGCGUGACUUACCGCAGCCUCUCUCCCUCCCUGGUGCCCCUCAGCGGGGUGGGAGUGCGCAGCCUGUCCCCUUCCCUCGGCCCCGUCCUGACACGAGGACGCCAGUCCCCCUGCCUCCCACGCCAUCUGGAGGAGCCCGAGGGUUAGAUUCCCUCCCGAGUCUCCACCAGUCGAGGAAUUUCACACCCUGCAUCAUUUCUAAACAGACUCGAAUCCUCAUUUGAUCCAAAAUCUCAAAGCUGUGACCGCAUCAGGGCUCGAUUUGUUCAACUGAUCCAAAUCACUAGCUGAAACUUGAAUGUGAGAUCGUUAACGUGAUGCUUCUGUGUCUUUCCUUUGCUGUCAGCCAGGGAUUAGGACGAGGCAGUGAGGUCUUGACGUGUACGUAUGUAAAGUAGAGAGGUUUUUUUUUUUCUUUUUUAGCAUUGUGCUGUUUUUCUUUUUACUUUCAGUGUUUUAUCGCAGUCGACCAUCAAAGCCUUUCAAGAGCCAAGUUUCCUUGUACAUAUCCCUCCUUUAACUUUUUUUUGGACUGUCAGAAGAACGUGGGACUUCAGUGGAUUGUGUGUAUGUACAGUAUGUGUGUGUUAUGAGUAGUUAACAUGCAAAGAGAAAAAUGUAGCUAAUAACAGGGACGGACAAAAAAAAAAAAAAAUCCUGAUCCCGUGCCUGAUACUCUCCGUCUGUAGCAGCGUAAUCCUGAACCCAGCUCUGACGUUACCUCUCCAGGGGUCUCACUUAUCACAUUCAUUUUACAUUCAAGAGUGAGGAAAAUACUUUCUCAAUUUGUACAAACUACAAAACUAGCAUUUAUAAAAACAGGGAGCACACACACACACACACACACACACACACAGAUAUACGCGAUGAAUGAGGAAAAAAUAUCAAUAUACUGUAUAUCGCUCCAUUUACGCACAGUCAUAUUUACAUAAAGCAACGCCCCCCAAUUUACCAUAUAUGGUAAACAACUUCCUCCUGCUGUAGUAAAGCAUUUUGUCGUCAAUAAACGGACUCCAGAUGACAUGAAAAUACAAUUCAGUUAAAUAAAAGAGGCUGGACCACCAGAACAGAGUGAGUAGGUUUUUUAUUAUUAUUAUUUUCACACUUAUUUUAACUCUUAACGUAGACUGAACAAAACGAGAUGAAUUUGGAUGAAAUUAAAAAGUAAAUGAAAACACAGGCCUGUUCUGCGAACAAUUCGGCCGGUUGCGAUCUCAAAUGUUUAACUACAGUGCUGUCGAAUUCUGUAAUCUCUGAGAAUGUGACGUUUUCUCUAAGGAGACAUUUAUUUAACAUUUACGGAAGAGUCAGAGGUAAAGCUGUGAAUUUAAAAUUUUUCUCGAGAAGCUUAGCUUCUCAGUUUCUUAGAAACAUGAAACGCGCCGUUUGUUUUUUUUGUCUUCAAGAGAGAAAAAGGAGUCACGACUGUUUAUAGCUGCUAUAAUGCAAGUGAUAACAGGAAGUAACCUGUUUCAUGGACGUUCCACAACAUUUACUGUAACUAUAAAUGGAUUAAAAUUAUGAUGCAUCUUUCUUUAAUGAAAGAAAAUUGUAAUCAUUGGUGAACUGCUGUGGAAUAAGAGGAAUAAAACACUUCAGUACACGUCACACAUGCACGAUGGAUAAAUGAGACCCCUGGUUCCUGAUUUACUCCACAGUGUAUAGAACUGUGUCCCUUUUCCCUUAUUCGAUCAUACGCUUUAUAUGAAGCGCAGGAGAAACAGGAGGAUCUGGUGCUAUGUAAUGUUAAUUAUACUGUUAUUAUUUUGGGCUGCAAUAGGGAGAGAGAGGACUUUAUCAGUGCUGAGUGGACACCAUUUGAGAAAUACGGCAGAGGAGAAAGAAAAAGAUGUUUCCAUCCAAAUGUUUUGCAAAAUUGAAUUGCCUGUUGGAAAGUAACUAAUGUAACAUCAGUCUUAGGACAUAUCCUUAGCUCAUUUUUGUGUUCAAUUAGAGACUAAAUGUACACAUAUGUAGAAAUAAAGUACAUCGUAAAUAACGUGCAAUAAUAUACAGAGCGCGUUUUGAUAUAUACGUUAGAGGAACACAACCAAAUGGUGAUUUCUUUUUAAUUUAAAUUAUGUAAAUAUUUUAAAAAAUGGACUGCGGCCCAGAAAUAUAUAUUACAUGAUGGAAGAAAGUGUGUUUUAAAACCAGAAGGUGGUUUUACUAGAGAAAAAUCAUAACAUGAUACAUCAAGAUGGAAACAUGUGGAUGGAAACUGAAUAAACAGGAAUAACGUGAGUUCAUAUCAAGACACGCAGACUGAAACGUCUGAAACUUUAAGCGACGAACCAUCUCUGGAGGUGUCCUGAGAGGAACCGUAGCAUCUUUAUACUGUAAAUGAAUUCACGCAUCAUACUGUGAAGUUCACCUUUCUUCCUUUAACAAGAGUCAGAUAUGAGAGGGAAAAACAUGUGUACUGCCUUAAAAAACUAACUAUUUCAAUUAGAAUAUUCAAUUAAGUGGCUGUUUUUACCACACCAACGAGCCAAAUGAUGUAUCUAGCACUGUUUCUGUGUGUGAAUCGUCCUCGGGAUCAAAAGCUACGUCCUAAAAGCCUUCCAUCAGGAAAAUGUCCUCCUGAAAAAUUUGUUUAAAAAAAAUAAAAAUAAAAAAAAUGAAAAAAGAAACAUCUGAAACAAUCUGGUCAAAUACAAGAAGUUUAUUUUAUCGUCUGGUCGGUCGUCACAUGAGUACAGUCACUGUAAAGAUCUCAUCUGUCCAUAACAUUGUAAAUUGUUACAUGAUCAAUCCAAAAAAAAAAAAAAAAAAAAUCAUUAAUU